UACAUACAUACAUACAUACAUAUGUUAUAAGAUAUAAAACAAUAUCUUCUAGUCUUCAUGUUUCUUUAUUUGUAAAGAAAAAAGAUAUUUUAGUAAAUAAGUUUAUUAUGUACAUUAUUUUAAACUAUGUAUUAAUUUAGAUCUUCUAAAUAACAUUGAUUUUUAUGAAAAUAACUACAAGUUUGAAAAUAAUUACAUUACGGUGUACUUUAUAUACAUGCACACGUGGUUAUUUUGUAUGUAGAUGCAUCAUUGGGUUGAAAAAAUUAAAUUUAAAAUAAUUUACAAAUAAUGACAGAAGAAAAAGCAUCGCCUUUGAAGUUCGAAAUUUUAGCAGAAUGUAGAACUAGCAAAGCAAGAACUGGGAAAAUAACUUUAAUACAUCAUUAGUGUAGAAUACGCCAGUUUUUUAUGCCAGUAGGAACACAGGGUACUCUGAAAGUAUUGCCUCAACAACUAGAAGAAUUGAAUUGUCAAAUAAUUCUUGGCAAUACUUAUCACCUUGGGAAUAGACCUGGUACCGAAAUAUUGCGUAAAGCAGGAGGUUUGCAUAAAUUUAUGAAUUGGAAAAGAGCAUUAUUAACUGAUUCUGGUGGGUUUCAAAUGGUAUCAUUACUACAACUUGCCAGAAUUACAGAAGAAGGAGUGAACUUUAAAUCUCCUAUAAUGGUAAUGUGUAAAAAUACUGAUUGCAUGUUAACUCCUGAACGCUCUAUUCAAAUUCAGAAUACAAUUGGUGCUGAUAUAAUAAUGCAAUUAGAUGAUGUAGUUAAAAGUACACAAACUGGACCAAGAGUGACAGAAGCUAUGGGAAGAACAGUAAGAUGGUUAGAUAGAUGUUUAUUGGCACAUGAAAGAUUUGAUGAACAAAGUAUAUUCCCUAUUGUACAAGGUGGAUUAGAUCCUAAAUUAAGAUCAGAAUGUGCGCAUGAAUUAACGAAAAGAAAAGUAAAUGGUUAUGCAAUUGGAGGAUUAAGUGGUGGUGAAAGUAAAGAUACGUUUUGGAAAAUGGUACAUCUUUCUACUGAUAUUCUUCCAAAAAAUAAACCUCGUUUAAUGGGUGUUGGUUUUGCUACAGAUCUAGUUGUGUGUUGUGCAUUAGGUGUUGACAUGUAUGACUGUGUAUUUCCAACAAGAACAGCUAGAUUCGGUUGUGCUUUAGUACGUACAGGUCAACUUAAUUUAAGACAAAACCAUAUAGUAAAAGAUAUGAGCCAAUUGGAUGAAUCUUGUCCAUGUAGCACUUGUAAGACAUAUACACGUGCAUAUCUUCACCAAAUAGUUACAAUAGAAACAGUUGCAUGUCACUUAUUAACAGUUCAUAAUAUAGCAUUUCAAAUGAAUUUAAUGAAAGAUAUUAGAGAAAGUAUAAAGCAACAAAAAUAUCCUGAAUUUGUACAAAAUUAUAUGUUAAAUGUGUAUCCAGAUAAAAAAUACCCAGAUGGAUAGUUAAUUGCCUUGCAGACAGUUAAUAUUACAUUAUUAUAACAAUUAAUGAAAUUGGUAACCAUAUAAUGCAUAAUUUUACAAUUUUUUAAAAUAUUUUUAUUAUGUACCAUAUUACUAAAAUUUUACUUAUGUACUAUAAUUCAAAUGUAUUAAUAUACAACUAAAUAAAAUACUUUUAAAUAAACUUAAAAGUACAUAAUAUAGCAUAAUUUAUUAAUAACUUCACAUUGUAUUAUUAAUAUGAAAACAAAUUUUCAAUUAGUACCAAAUUAUACUUCAAUACAAGUGCUUUCCAUUUUACUUCAAUUAUAUUCUCUAUAAUAUCAAUUAAAAUAUAUUCUACAAUAGGCACCACUUGUAAUAAUUAAAUUAUAUUGAGUUCAUCACAUAAAGUCAUCUGAAUCAUAGCCACUAUUUUCUGUAUUUGAUGUCAUAUUAGAUGAAUUAAAUAAUGAAUUGUAGCUUCUAAAAAAAAGGAAUAUAUAUUUUAUAAUAAUAUACAUAUAUUUUAGUUUCAGAAGAAUUAAUUAAAAAUAGGAAAUACUUUGAAAUAACAUUCUAUCGUACCUCAUUUCAGCUUCUUCUUGACGUCUUUUCUCUUCAGCGUUUUCUCUUUCCUUCUGUUCUCUUAAAAGCUUUUCUUAUCUUCUCUCUCAUUUUUAUCUCUUUGUUCUCGUUCUGCUUGUAAAUUUACUUGUUCAGAACGCUUAGUUUUAUUAAGUCGAUUAACAAUAAUAUUUUGACGUUUUGUAACAUGGAUUUUACGAACAUCUUUCUCUUGUGGAAACCAACUUGACCAACUUCCAUUCCCUGAGUCUUUUUCAAAUUAGACCACAUUGUAUAAACUACAUCAAUGUCAUUCAUUCUAUUUCCAUCAAUACUGUUUGCUUUUACUAAUUGUUGCGGCAUCUUCCAAAACUGUACUCGGGAUAUCAUCUAUUGUUUGACCCUAAACAGAUGAUAAAAAAGAAUAGUUCAUUUGUAUAUUUAUAUACUAUAAUAAUAUCAGAAUAGAUAUAUAUCAUCUUUACCAUAUGUAAUCGUAAAUACACAUGAGCCGAAGAAUAUUUGUCCACAUGAAACCAAACAUCUUCUGGCCAACCCCAUUUAAUCAAAUCCUCAUCUAAAUGUUAUAUAAAUAUAAUAUUAAUAAUAACCGUUAUUUAAUUGUCUAUUUAAUGAAAUUAUAUCACCUCACUUACUUUCAUAUUUAUCAACCCCCCAUAAAUAAUGUUACUGGCGGUUGUACAACUGCAAUUCAAAAUAAUAAUUUAUUCUAACCUUACAAAAUGUUACAAAAAACAUAAUUACAACUAUAUACACAAGUAACAUAUAAUCCUAUGUACAUUUUGAGAAACAAAUAAAAAGAAAAUGAUAAAUUACCCUCGCUUGUAAAAUAAUAUACCAUCGUUCCACAAAUAUUGAUGUAAAUGCACGUGUUAACGAAAACAACUGUCAAAAAAUAAUGUCGACACUAACGCCACUGAACUACCAAUGUUUUACUAUCAGUUACUAUAUUCACUUGAUUCUUCUUAGAACAUAUAUACUCGAAUGAUGUUCAUUCAAAUAACACAAAGACUCAAUUUCAAGUCUAUAAGUUAACGUUGUAUUUUAUUAAUGUUAUUUUAAGGUAAAAAUUUGGAAAAUUUAAUUAGUACUACUGCAGAUAAAUCAUUAAUUUAUUAUUUGAAUAUAAAGUACAAAGCAUAUAUAGAUACAGCACAUUUCUAUUUCUUUUAAAUCAUUUCUAUCAUAAAUGGUUAAAUCAAAAUUUGUAUAUUACUUUAAAGUUAUUACUUUCAUCAAACAGCGGUGCUAGUAAUUAAAGGUGACUGAUAUUAUAUUAAUUUUUUAAUACAUCAUUAGGAACAAUGAUAAAUUAAUAAACAUGCGAUUUUUUAAAUGAAUUACAUUUAAAUUCCGAUUUUUUUUCAAUUAUAACAUACCAUGUAUUUCCUGUAGGAUCUAUUUUUGUAAGUUUAUAUGAAAAUAUGUUUAUCCCACAGAUAUUGAAGAUUUUUAUAUCUGCUAAUAAUAUUAAUUCAUCCUAGAACGAUUCAUAUGGAUGGCAUGUUUUUCAGCAUGAUAUGUUUUAAAUAUUUGAUUGAAUACAGGAUAUAUUUCAGGAUCAUUAAUCCAUACUGAUGAUGCUGAAGGUGUGUCUAGCAUUGUUAAGUAUGCUGAGAAGAAUUAUUAGUUACUAAAAAAUAAUCAAAAAUUUGUUGAAUUAUUAAAUCAAAAUUGUAAAAUUUAUAUUUACCAAGAAGCACUUUUGGAUUAUUAAGGCUGAGUUGUAUUUGAGGAUUGCUUAUAAUUGCAUGAUAAAUGGAUUCAUUUGUAUCAAGGCCAAUAUCUAAAUCUUGUAAACUAGGUCGUCGUUCACCAAGUAACCAUUCACACUGUACAAGUCAGAUAUUUUUUGAAUUAAUUGUAAUAUGGAAUACAUUGCAUUAGAUAUAGUAUUAUACUUACAGCAUUAAAUUGAUUAUUUCCAGUAAUUUUUAAUGCUUCUAUUAUAUUUUUCUCUUCAAAAACCCAUUUCCAAAAUGUUUCUAAUCAUUCUUGGAUUUGGUUUAAAUUUAAUUUCUUAAAUUGCCGGAAAUGUUCUAAUAAGAGAGUUACAAUAUUUACUAGAUUCUCUUUCACGGAAUUGAGCUUCCCUAUCUGAACAUUAGUACAACAAAAUAUUUAACAUAAAUGAUAAAUUUAGAAAGUUAAAUUAUUUUAAUGGGUAAUAUCAUUACCACAUAAAAAUAUCAGCACAUGCUUCCUUAAAGGUUAUUUUUAUACUGCCCUGUUGAAGAACUAGGACCUGCUUCAUUGACAUCUGUUUUGGCAUAUAAACAAACUACUGUUGUUUCAUCUUCGUAAUCAUCAUCUGGAUCAUCUUGAUGUUCUAUAAGCCAUUCUAAAGCCUCUGUUACAUCGGACCUAUAAUAUAAGCUGAUGAUGAACCAAAUUGGCACUCACUAUAAUUCUAUACGUCAACGAUUGUACAACUAAAAUAUUAUCAAGGAGCAUUCACAUUGUUGGUUAAACAUGUAGUGAUAUCCACCAAACGAUUGAUAGAUCACCUUUAUGCGCAUGUGUAUUAUUGUAUUGUCAUUUUACAUAAAAAUAAAUGUUCUGUCCAAGAUGAUAAGUAAAUAAUAGAAAUAGAGGUAGUAUUACGUUUUGUUGUAUAGUGAUAUUAUCAUAUGUGAAAUUGAGAAGUAUUGUGAUUUUUUUAGAAGUGGAAAUUUUUUUAUGAUACAA